UAUGUUGCUUUUCAUAUUUAUUGCAUUAGCAUCCUCAUUAAGAAUUCCAAAAAACUUUUUCAUUUCAAAUAUUGAAAGGACAGUCUAAUUAACUGAUAGAUAUGUCAAUAUCUAAUCUAAAGUAACUAUCAACAUCAUCUUAAGAUUACUUUUUAAAAUGAUGGAGUAAUUCCUAUUGAAAGAAUAUAUUAUACAAUCCAUAAUGCAUUGUCAGAUAGAUUAUAUCAUGUCAAUAUAGAAGAAAGCAAUUCAAAAAAAAUAAUAGAAGAUGUGGAUGUAAAAUACAAAUAGAAUGCCACAGUCUAUGAAUUUACAUUAAAGAGAUCAAUUGAACCAUCUUCCAAUUUAGAAGUAGAAUUAAAUGAAUAUUAUUAUAAACGAUUUAAACCACUACCUAAAGAAAUUGGAGUUGAAGUAUUAUGUUAUCAAUAAUAAAUAGGAUGAAUAAUUAGUCUAAUUUAUGGAUUCUGUAUAUUUCUUUACUCCUUAUUUGGUUAAAAAUCAAGUAUCUUAUUAUGAAACUCCAAAAAUUAUGUAUAUAUCUAUUUAAUCUAUAGUUCUUAUUCACUAAAAUCAGCCACUUAAAGAAAUCAACUUCUAGAAUUUGGACCUUUCUAGGAUAUUAAACCUUUUUCUACAUAAAUUCACACUAUCCAUUUAGAAAAUAAUACACCAAUGACUGUUUUUACAAAAGCUUCUAAAAUCAUAGAAGUAUCUCAUUGGGGUAAUAUUUUAAUUGAAGAAAACUAUUCACUUGAAAAUCAAGGAGCAAAAUUGAAAGGAGAAUUUGGAAGAGUUAAUUUUAAUAAAUAUAAUCCAAAUGUAGGAAAACACUCUUUGAAAUAAUUAUCUGCAUAACUUCCUUAUGAUUCUUGGGGUGUUUAUUAUAGGGAUGAAAUUGGAAACAUUUCAACUUCUAAUGCUGCUAAAGGGGUACAUUUAAUUAUGUUAUUAUUUAAGAAACUUAAUGGGGAAAAUUAAGCCUUGAUCUAAUUAAGACCAAGAUUUGCAAUAUUUGGAGGAUGGAGAAGUAAUUUUACAUUAGGAUAUAAUUUACCAACAAAAAAGUAUUUGACACAAUUAUAAUUUAGAUAUUUAGAAUAAGAUGGAAAUAAUUUUAGAUUAACUUUAAAUUUCUCAUUUUCUGUAAGGGAAAUGGUAUCUGAUAAAUAUAAUUUUUAAAUUUCCUUACCUGAAGGAGCUUAUGAUAUUCAAGUUGAUUUGCCUUUAUAAGUCGAAAGAAACGAUACACUAUUAUUUUCUUAUUUUGAUACAGUCGGUAGACCUACAAUCAUUUUGGAUAAAACUACAACAAGCCAAUUCGAUGAUAAGCAAAUUAUUGUAUAAUGAUAUUUCUAACAUAGAUCACUUAUAAAUUUUCUGGAAUAUCUAUUUUAAGAGAGCCUUUGAUGAUUUUUGGAACAUUUUUGUUUGCCUUUUUAUUGAUCAUUUAUUUAAGAAGAUUAGAUUUGUAGACUUUAAAAUUAAAAGAGUGA